AUGAACCAACAAAACCUCAAUAACGACUCGGCAAUCUCCGUGGCAUCUUUACAAGCCACUCGCAAAACGGAAGCUGGCGAACCAGGUGCCCGUCCAGAACCGGUCUCGGGCCUCUAUCAGCCCGGGUCUUCGUCAACAGCCCCGGGCCAUGCCUCAAAUGAAUAUCUGACAUCUCAGCAGCCAGCAGUGCCGGCCCCCCCUCAAAACAACAAUCAGUCACAGCCUAGUUCUCACGAUGGUGCAGAAGAGGAACUGGGCUCUCACCUCACCUCACCAUUAACACACCCGAACGGUGUAGCCAUAUUUCCGUCUCUAUCAACUGCAGAACAGGAUCAGCUGUCCCGGGAUGCCCUCCAGCAAGCACAACAUGUCAUCAUAGCCGACAUAGAGCCGCCCAACGAUGACACGGAAAGCCAGUCGGAUGGCGACCAUACAGAUGGCGGCUAUGAAAGUCUGAGCGAAGAAAGCAGCAGCACGUCGUUGGCAUCAUCUGUUCGAGAUUUCAUGUUCGAAAACGGGCGUCGGUAUCAUAGUUUCCGCGAGGGGGCAUAUAACUUCCCUAAUGACGAGGUGGAGCAGGAGAGAGAGGAUAUGAAGCAUGCAAUGAUGAAAUUGCUAUGUAGCCAAAAGCUUCAUUUUGCACCCAUUGGAGAGAAUCCGCAACGAAUUCUAGAUAUCGGAACGGGAACGGGCAUCUGGGCGAUCGAAGUCGGCGACCAGUUCCCAAGUGCCGAGGUCUUGGGCGUGGACUUAUCUCCAAUUCAGCCUAACUGGAUCCCCCCAAAUGUCCGUUUCGUUGUUGACGAUGCUGAGUCGCCCUGGCUCUACCCACGAGAUCAUUUUGACUACAUCCACUCUCGCCAUACGGUCAUGGCCAUCAAGAACUGGCCUAGACUUCUCAGGCGGUCUCUCGAGCAUUUGAAGCCAGGAGGGUGGAUGGAGAUGCAAGAGAUUCACCACAGUCCCUUGAGCGGCCAUUCUACCGGCGUCGUCCCACCCGAUAAUCCUGUAGCACAAUACUGGUCUCUCAUCAACGCCGGCCUCUCGGCGCUUGGUGUCGAUUUUCACGCCGCGGCAGGCUCCAAAUUGAGCAACAUGAUGCGGGAGGCGGGCUUUAUUAAUGUCACGGAGCGAGUCUUGCAUGUUCCGCUUGGAACUUGGCCAAAGAACAAGGUUCUCAAGGCAGUUGGACUCUACUGGAGGACAAUCCUGGUGGAUGGUCUACAGGCGAUUGCCCUGGGCCCUCUCACCAGGGGGUUGAGAUGGGACCGUGAUAGGAUUGAAAUGCUUUUGAUGAAUGUGCGCAGGGCGUACAUGGACGACUCAGCCCUCAUCUAUAUGCGGCUUCAUCUUGUAUAUGGCCAAAAGGCCUGA